CAUACGCUGUCUGAGAGGCGCAAUAUUUUUGCGUCGCACGGUGGGGUCACAAAAUGUCCUAUGUAAACACUGGGGACAAAAGCAAACCGCAGUGUUUAUGGCAACCUGCCUUUCAGCGGCCAGUGCACACAGCAGCGUGAGUGCCGUGCCGUUGUAAAUAUGACGUUGCGAUAACAGGAAACGCUCGAAAGGAGAAUGAGCCCGCCGCACCGUGUGGAGUCCGGCUACGCAUUACAAGAGACCGCACGGACCGACGGUUCAAGUCUUCAAUGGCGACCCCCAAACUACUAACUUUUACACGGGUAGCUGACGCCCCUCCGUGCAGCUGGGGGAUGUUGGAGAGCCUGGGAGGUGUCGGACAUCAAAUUCAUCGCUUCAACGUAAAAAUGUACGAAGAAAAGCCGGCGGGUGCGGGCAAGCCAAGUGGCAUAAACGCCAGGAGGAAGAACCUGCCGGUGCUGCGCCUGCACGAGCGAUCACAACAAAAGGACAUCACGUAUUCUCAAGUUGACUGCUUUAUUGAGGGAUCAACAUUCACUUCUUUAGCAGCAAAGGAUGAAAGGAAAGUUAGAAGACCUGGCUUCGACCAGACAAAUGCCGAUUGCUUUCCUGAAAGGCAUUCCAUGUUUGAACAUAUCUGGAGGAAACGAGAACUUGAGCAUCAGUGUGAAAACCGAGUUUCAGGUGUGCACUCUGAAGAAAGAUCCUUAUCAAAAAAUAUUGGAAUGGUGAUCUCAGCUUUUGAGCAUCAGCCAUAUAAGCCUAAGGAGAUUCCCAGAUUAACCCUGCACAGGCAGAUAAUGGAUGAAGCUUCUAAACCGUUUGCCUUUAGCUCAUAUAAUGGAUGUGACUUGGCUUCCUUGCCGGACAUUCUGCUGCCACCCUGCCACUCUGUGUUUGAUGACAGGUUCGACAUGGCAGAAGCAAAGCUUAAGAGCAGAUGGAAAAUGAAUAACAGAACGUGUAGCUUAUUCUCUGUAGCUGGUGUUCAAAAACCUCACGUCUACGCAGAUCCACUGUCUGGAGCGUCAGCAUCCUUUAUCCAGCGACUGUCUGAAAUUGCGUCUCUAGAGUGUGACACCGUGCGACAGGAAAGAGCAAAGAAGCAGAAGAAGACAAAGAAAAUGGAAGUGUAAAGGAAAUGAGCAGCGAGGCAUCCUUUGAUGCGGACAACAGAGGCUCUUUGUGCCAAAAAGCCACAUUUGUAUUUGUGAAGGAUCACCUUUUGGUAAUGUUAACUUUUUUGUAGACGUCUUUGAUGAUAUUUUUUAUAGUCAACUUUAUAAAAGAAAAGUGUUGCUGUGUAUAUAAUUGCAAUAAAAUGUCCUGAAAAUUA